UAUAUCUCCCUCUGGAUCGCCUCGCAGCCGACAAGCCAAGGAAAAAAAAAAAAAAACCCUAGAAAGUCCUGCUGCUUCGUCGAUCGUUUCGAGAUUUUUCUCCUUCGUUCGGAGGGUUUUCGCCAUGGCCAGAAGCUCGUUCAAGAUGGAGCAUCCCCUCGAGAGGAGACAAGCGGAAUCUGCACGGAUCAGGGAGAAGUAUCCCGAUAGAAUUCCGGUGAUUGUCGAGAGGGCUGAGAAGACUGAGGUACCCGACAUUGAUAAGAAAAAGUAUCUGGUUCCUGCUGACCUUACUGUUGGCCAGUUUGUGUACGUCGUUCGAAAGAGGAUCAAGCUAAGUCCAGAGAAAGCUAUUUUCGUCUUUGUUAAGAACAUUUUGCCACCCACUGCUGCUAUGAUGUCUGCAAUUUAUGAGGAAAACAAGGAUGAAGAUGGCUUUCUCUACAUGACCUACAGCGGCGAGAAUACUUUUGGUUCUCUCUGAAGCGUCACUUAGUUAAACCUUCGAUGAAAAGCUUUGCAUUGUUUAUAUGGGAAGAAGUGCCAGCUUCAAAUGUAAAUUCUUUUGCAUCCCCUUAUCUUUGAUUGUCUCCCUCUUUUACUUGAUGUUCCUAUAAUUUUACAUUCUGGUCAGUGGCAUCUACGAGACUUGGAUAA